AUGGACAUCUCGCCGUUCGUUCGUUUACCCGAAUAUCCAUUUGUCAUAUGCAAGGAGUGCCGGUUCGCAUGUAUCGCAGACGAGGUCGCCAGUCAUUUGAAUCGGCACCAUCGUCCGAUAGGAUCCAAGGAGCGGACCGAGAUCGGUAGGGCGGUGAGAGAGAUACCCGGAAUCAUUCACAAUCAGGCACAGUUACGCAGGUUCGUGUACCCGCCGCCCACGACUGAAGCCAUCCCAUUCAUCGCACCGCCGCAAGCGGACGGACUCCGAUGCGAUACAUGCAGUUACAUCGCCCGAACCCCCCAGCGGAUCCAGGCGCAUUGCCGGGAGAGGCACGGAUGGCGGAACGAUUGGCAGCGGGGCGGAAACGUGGCGAAGAGGGCGAAGCAGGAGCGCAGGUUGCCGUGGACGGCCGGCAUCCGCUGCCAGCGUUUUUUCCCGUCGCGCGCGGGCAGCGGGUGGUUCGAGGUCGGUCGGGGCAGCGCCGGGGAAGCGGCAAGCAACGGGGAGGGCGAGACGUUGGACCAGCGGUUGGAACGGAUGCACGGAGCGCAGGUCGCGCGUUUCCAGGCGAGGAGGCGGGGCAUCGAGGACGGGAACGACAAGGCGGAGCCCAACCGGUGGUUGCAGCGGGUGGGUUGGGCCGGGCAUUUGGCGGGUUUGGACCGCGGCCGGUUGGGCGGUUCAGUCGAGGCGAUCGGGCCGGACGAGGCGGUGUUACGGGGGAUGUGGGAGAGCGUGGAGCGGGUGGCGGAGAGGGCGCGGGCGGCGGUGUUGAAGCGCGGCGGGCACGCCGUGUUGUUCGAGAUCAACAAGAAGGAGGUGCACAUCAAGCCGAGCAAGCCGUUCGAGGGCCGGAUGGAGGACGACACGUGGGCCCGUUACAAGGAGGUGUAUCGGAAGUUGUUA